AGCAUUUUCAUCACCACCUGAUCGCUCAAGCAGUAUGUGUUUAAGAAACACAGUGAAAAUAAAACAAUUGUAUCGUUGUGUAACUUACAUUCCCAUUAAUAGUUUCUUAUAAACGAUCGUCCAGCAACCGGCACAUAAAAUAACCGAUUCGUAUCGAUACGAGAUGGUGUACUUCAAACUCAUCGAAAUAUUGACCAUUCUGUGCAUUAUCAAUACGACGAUCGCGUUCAAAUGUUGGUGUUGUUCAAGUGACGAACCAGACUCGGCAUUUUGUGGAAAAAUUUUAGACGAAUCGAAAAUGAGUCAUUUUGAGAAGAUUGUCAAUCUCGUUGAGUGUACUUAUCCGCCAUUUGAAGCGGGCCGUGAUCUCGUCACCAAAUGCAUGAUCCUAAAAAGAACCAAUAUUGAUGGUGACAUCUUUUAUGAACGGUCGUGUCUCUGGGAGGAGAGACACGCGAAAGAGGACGCUUGUAUGAGCAAAUCAGUGCGUUACGGUCACCAAGUGGAGGCUUGUGAAACUUGUUUAGAAGACAAAUGCAAUUAUAAAUUCCCAGCUGACAAUGGAUCUACACAUCUGAAGACAUUGUAUCACAUUGUAUUCAUUUUGCCUGUUAUUGUGCUAAUAAUUUGAGAUUAUUAAAUUCAUACCGAAAAUA